GUCGCGGCCCCGGCCCGUGCGGCGGUAUCGGCUCUCAGCCCUGCUAGACGCCGGGCGGGCCCUAUCGGCCUCCCUGUGCCAGGCUCGGUAUUAAUAGGGGCCCCUAUUACCACAUGUCUUUCUCCCCCGGUAUAUGAUAUAAUUUGUAAUCUUGGGUUUGAACUCAGAGAAAAUUGUGACAUCAGUAGCAUUGUAACUCAGAAUGGUGAGGUAUGCUGGAAAACAAUCACAGACUGUGUGAGCUACACAGAGUCAGACCAGGGUCUGGAUUACUGGGGAAGUGUGAGGCUGCUGGGCCCUGUGUGUGAAGCUGUCCAUUCACAUUUCUUAUCUCUGACCAAGGGGCAGUUUGAAAUUCAGUAUGCACCAUGGUUCCAGUGGACAAGUUUUCCACAGUUAUUUCCUGAAAUAUUUGAAGCCUUGAAAAGUCUACAAUCUCCUGCUAUUUCUCUUAGCUUAAUGAAACUGACAUCAUGUCUAGAACGAGCCUUGGGUGAUGUAUUUUUACUGAUUGGGAAGGAAUGUCCCUUUCUUUUAAGAGAUCUACUUGCAUCUGAAGAGCUUGCUCAAAUCUUUGGGCAGUCUGUGAUGAAUGUGCUAAAAGUCUUCGUUGGCUCUCCAUGUGGUCUCAACCUGCGUAAUAUCUUAUGGCAUGGGUUUGCAUCACCUGAAGAAAUUCCUCCAAAAUACUGUUCAAUGAUGAUACUGUUGACAGUAGGAUUGGGUCAGUUACUGAAGAGUUACCUUCAAAACACUAAACUUACAUUGGCACAUCGCUCUUUCAUAACUCUUAAAAACCUAGAGGAUUUGGUUAUUUUUCCUGAUGUUACUUAUGAGGUGCUUUCAGUAUUAGAAGAAGUGAUGACAAAAUCUGCUUUUAUAUUAAAAAUCAUGUUACCAUAUUGGGAAGUUGCACUGAUCAAGUUCAGGUCACAAAGGUUUGCUGACUGUGCCAUAUUGUUGCUGGCACAACUAGAGACUGGACUUAGGAAUGUUUUUGCCACACUUAACAGAUGUCCAAAAAGACUCCUGACUGCUGAGUCAACAGCUCUUUAUACCACCUUUGAUGAAAUAUUGGCAAAACACUUGAAUGAUGGUGAAAUCAAUCAGCUUCCUCUUUUCCUUGGAGAGCCUGCUAUGGAAUUUCUCUGGGAUUUCCUGAACCAUCAGGAGGGUCCCCGCUUAAGAGAUCAUUUAAGCCACGGGGAGAUCAACUUACACGAAUUUUCAAAAGAAACAACUAAUCAGUUGCUUGCGUUUUCUGUUGUACUGUUACUCAAAUUUGUUGAUGAAGGUCUGCUAUCAGUUUUUAAGGAAAAAGCAGUAGUGGAAUUGUUGAUUCAUCUUGCAGAAGGCUAUAGUUCUCGUUGCCAUCCGGUUUCUCAGCUUAAAAAACAGGUGCUGAGCUGUGAGGAAAGCAUCAGGGUUUGGGCUCUGUUGCCUUUCCCCGAAGAACUCACUCAGGAAGCUGUCAGAUUAGAAGAUAAUUCUGAAACAAAUGCCUGCCACUCUUUAAUUACAAAAAUUAUGGAUGAACUGUAUCACCAUAUGCCUGAGAAUCAUUGUGUUUUAAAGGACUUGGAUAGUCUUCCUACUGAGAUGUGGCCCAGCUCACAGCUGCUCUGUGAGCUCUGCAACACACCCGUCCCCACACUAUUCUGCCCCAGGAUUGUGCUGGAAGUGCUGGUUGUGCUCCGAAGCAUCAGCAAACAGUGCCACCACGUGUCCAGCCAGGUCACUGCCGCUUCAGAGCUGAGACACACACAGUGGGUGGAAAGGACUCUGCGGUCUCGCCAGCGGCUGAACUACCUGCGCAUGCGGAGUAGUAUCAGACUUCUGUCCCCUGUGCUCAGCCUGGUUCUGUUACUCAUUGUGCUGGAAUUGGUCAACAUUCAUGCUGUUUGUGGAAAGAAUACGCAGGAGUAUCAGCAGUACCUAAAGUUUGUAAAGUCGAUCUUGCAAUACACAGAGAACCUGGUGGCUUACACCAGCUGCGAAAAGAACAAGUGGAAUGAAGCUAUCCAUCUUACACAUACAGCUUUGGUGAAAAUUUGGACUUUUAGUGAGAAGAAACAAAUGUUGAUACAUUUAGCCAAGAAAUCCACAAGUAAAGUCCUCUUAUGAAAACA